AUGUCCAACCUAGAAUAUCGAGAUCGGCCAGAGCCAUCCAACAGUACGGACGACGUGUUUACUCAGGAAAUGAUGGAUUCAUUACCCCAAAUAGAAACUCCCCCACCAAAAGAAGUAUCACUGGAGGCAUACGUAAAACAAGAAGUAGAAAAGGCAAUCAGACAAACGCGCCUUCUAUACCAAUCACAACUCGACGAGGCGCUAGAAGAAGUGAGCGUCUUAGAAAAAAGACUAAAGAAAGCAACACCAUCUCCAGAAAAGGUGGAAAGAAGUAGGACAGCCCUAGAGAAGCCAGAGAACUUCUCAGGAGAUAAGAAAAAGUACCGGGCUUUUAGGGAGUCUUUACUUUUACACUUCGAAGAUGACGCUGUCUAUUUCAAAGACAACAGAAAAAAGAUAAGCUUUGUGCUGUCUUUUAUGAAAGAUGGAGAAGCCGCGGCCUUCCGGACCGACUGGCUGGAAAACAGAGUCGAUGCUCAACAAUUAGGGCCCGACAUCACACAUACAUACGGAAGUUGGCCAUAUUUUGCCGACAAAAUGGAAGAAAGGUUCAAGGACAGCUUUGAAAAAGAAACUGCCAAGAACGAAAUAUUGACCCUGAAACAGGGCAAUGAAACCGCCAAAGCCUUUUUCGAAAGGUUUGAAGAGAAGAAAAGAUGGGCGGGAUAUACAAACAGAAUAAACAAAGAGUUCUUAAUCUCGCUAUUAAGAAGAAACAUGAACAAACCCCUAGUAGACAGGGUGAUCUACGGGGGACAUAUUCCAAGAGACUACCAGGAAUGGAAGAGAGAACUCAUCUGA